AGCGGUGGGGAGGGGGCCGGCAGCCAUGUGGACGUCGCUCGGCGCUGCCAGGGAGCCGGCCGGCCCCAGGGCAGCUAGCGGCCGCUUCUGGGCUGUCGUCCUGGGAGCAGCGGCGGGGCUAUUCCUCCUCGGGUUCCUUAUAGGCUGGUUUGCAAAACCCACAGAAAAGAAGACAUCUGUGAGUCCUUAUGAGGAGAUGAAGGCAACGUUUACGGCCGAAAUGAAAGCUGAAAACAUCAAGCAGUUUCUUUACAAUUUUACACGGCUUCCUCACCUAGCAGGAACAAAGGAGAAUCUGCAUCUGGCGCAGCAAGUCCAAGCUGAGUGGAAGGAGUUUGGUUUGGAUUCUGUUCAGUUGGUUCAUUAUGAUGUCUUGCUCUCUUACCCCGAUGACACCAAGCCCAACUACAUCUCAAUAACUGAUGAGCAUGGAAAUGAGAUUUUCAAUACAUCCUUAUCUGAACCUCCUCCUCCAGGAUAUGAGGCUGUUAGAAAUGUGGUGCCACCCUACAGUGCGUUUUCAGCCCAAGGAAUGCCUGAGGGUGAGUUAGUGUAUGUGAAUUAUGGCCGCACCGAGGACUUCUUUAAGCUAGAGCGUGAAAUGGGAAUUAACUGUACAGGAAAGAUUGUUAUUGCCAGAUAUGGGAAGAUCUUCAGAGGAAAUAAGGUGAAGAAUGCUGAACUGGCAGGUGCCAAGGGAGUUAUUCUGUACUCUGACCCUGCUGACUACUGCGCCCCAGGAGUAGAUCCCUAUCCAAACGGCUGGAACCUUCCAGGCGGAGGAGCCCAGCGUGGGAAUGUGUUAAACCUGAACGGGGCAGGGGAUCCUCUGACACCAGGUUAUCCUGCAAAAGAAUACACCUAUCGAUUAGACAAAGACAGUGCUGUAGGUCUCCCAAAAAUUCCAGUUCAUCCCAUUGGCUAUCAUGAUGCUGAGUCAUUGCUGCGUAAUAUGGGAGGACACGCACCGCCGCAUAGUAGCUGGAAAGGAAAUUUGAAUGUAUCUUACAGCGUGGGUCCUGGCUUCACAACAGAUUAUUCCACAAGAAAGGUGAAAAUGCACAUUCAUAGCAACAACGAAGUAAGGAGGAUUUACAAUGUGAUCGGUACCAUCAGAGGCACAGUGGAACCAGACAGAUAUGUCAUCCUGGGAGGCCACCGCGACUCGUGGGUAUUUGGUGGCAUUGAUCCUCAGAGUGGGGCAGCUGUGGUUCACGAGAUUGUGAGGAGCUUUGGAAAACUGAAAAGGAAAGGAUGGAGGCCAAGGAGAACAGUGAUAUUUGCAAGCUGGGAUGCAGAGGAAUUUGGCUUGUUAGGAUCGACAGAGUGGGCUGAGGAAAAUGCCAAAGUAUUGCAAGCACGAGGAGUGGCGUAUAUCAAUGCAGAUUCCUCCAUCGAAGGAAACUACACCCUACGAGUGGAUUGCACACCACUGAUGUACAGACUGGUGUACAGUCUUACUAAAGAGAUACCAAGUCCUGAUGAGGGGUUUGAGGGAAAAACUCUUUAUGAGAGCUGGUAUAAAAAAAAUCCAUCAAGAGAAUACAAAGACGUCCCCAGAAUAAAUAAACUGGGUUCUGGCAAUGACUUUGAAGUCUUUUUUCAACGUCUUGGCAUUGCUUCAGGCAGAGCACGCUACAGUAAAAAUUGGAAUGUAGAAAAAUAUAGCAGCUAUCCAGUUUACCACAGUGUCUAUGAAACCUAUGAAAUUGUGGAGAGGUUUUAUGAUCCCAGUUUCAAGAAUCAUCUGACAGUAGCUCAGGUACGGGGAGGGCUGGUGUUUGAAUUGGCCAACUCCGUUGUGCUUCCGUUUGACUGUAGAGAUUAUGCAUCAGCUGUGAGCACCUAUGCUCACAUCAUCUAUAAUUUGUCAAGGAACCAUGAAGAGGAACUGGCAACAUACAAUGUAUCCUUUGAUGCUCUGUUUUCAGCUGUGAAGAAUUUUACAGAAGUUGCUGCUAGGUUUCAUGAGAGACUGCAACAAAUACAUAUCAAUAACCUACUUGCUGUCAGAUCGCUAAAUGAUCAGCUCAUGUUUCUAGAAAGGGCUUUUAUUGAUCCCCUUGGAUUACCUGGCAGGCCAUUCUAUAGACAUGUCAUCUUUGCUCCAAGCAGCCAUAACAAGUAUGCAGGAGAAUCAUUCCCAGGGAUCUAUGAUGCCAUGUUUGACAUUAAAAACAAAGCUGACCAACAUGAAGCCUGGGAAGAAGUUAAGAGGCAGAUUUCCAUUGCAGCCUUCACUGUACAGGCAGCAGCAGGGACACUGAAAGAAGUAGCAUAAAUAUCAACAACGUAAUCAUCAACGAAGACUACGUAUGACAGUUCGCAGAAGCCUUGAAAAUGGAGCAUUUAAAAACACUAUGCAGAUUAUUACAAAGAACACAUAAUCCAAAAAAUCUUUUUCUUUGCAAAUAAUAAGCCCAAGCGGAAUGCAUUUGGCAAUGUUAACGAGGUAAUGUACUCCAUUCAGAGAGAUCAGGCUUUGGAUAACCUCUGAAGUGAGAGUGCAAAAGUUUCAUGUUUUCUCUCAGCUUCAUAUUUUACGAAUUGCUAACUACUGGAUUUAUUUUCAGAAUUUUUCUAGCUCAAUUAUUAUAGCACUACUCAUAGUGCGUUAGGAAACCAGAAGUCAUUUCAUGUUUCUAUCGGUUUCUAAUUUUGUUGUUGACUUUUUAUUAUUUACCUUGGAGUUGUGUAAUUAUAGAUAGCCCUUUCAGCUCUCCUUUUACACAAAGAAUCACGUAUGAAGAUGGGAAAACCGUCACAUACUGUGUGAGAGAUGUGUAAUGAUCAUAACAAGUUUUGGGCAGCCAGCCCAGAAUACUCAUCCAUGACGUUCUUCUCUUCACAUGCUGAGUCUUGCAGCUGUUUGCAAAUAAAACUAAGCAAGAAGCCUUCUAGUCACUGGGGGAAAAACAAGGUGAUACCUCUUGUCAGACGUAUAAUCAUCUCACAAAUCAUGUCUUUCGAGAAGAAGACCUACUUUUAUUCUUUUACCCAAAAUCUACCCCUGCUAUACCUCGUCUGUAUCAAGGUAUUUUUAAUACGAAGACAAUGAGAAGCAAAGAAAAUUUGUCAUGUCCUUAGUUUGAAAGGAUAAGAAAUUAUUAGCAUCUUAGUAGGGUCUAUAUUUCUGAUUUGGGUGUGCAGCUUACUCUUAUGACAGUCUGCUCAAAAGACUACAAUGGGACGACCGAGAUCAGACAGAGAAGAAUCAAAAAAUCAGAUCUCUUCAUCUGCCACUCUGCCACUACAGGAUUACUAACCUCUUGCACAGCAAAUAUUUUGGGUAGUUUGAAUCUGUCAUUUCAGCUGAGGCCUCCGCCAUGCCUUAGAAGAGGGUCCCACGAUCUAAUGGAUUUCAAUGUCAUGGUAGAUAUUUUCUUUUCUAUAAAACCUCAUUUAUUCAUAAAUAUUUGUACUCUUUACAUUAAAACGCU